AUCGCUCCCUGGGUAGGAUGACGUAGAAAGCCAAAAUGGCGGUGCCUACGGAUCUAUGAGGUGCAUUGUUGUUUAACUAAACUCCGUCUAAGUGAUCAUUUCCUCUCAUUUUGAGUUCGAAUCCUCCCGCGUAACUCUUUGCCGACUUUUACGCGAACCAGAUUUGACGGUGCCGCCCAUCCAGCCCGGGGGAGGUUCCCACUUUCCGCCAGAUGAAGGAGAACAAGGAGAACACCACUCCUGGUAAUUCAGCCGCAAGUCUGGACCACAUCAAGCCAUGCUGGUACUGGGACAAGAAGGACCUGGCUCACACGCCGUCCCAGUCCGAGGGGCUGGACCCCGCCACUGAGGCUCGGUACCGGCGUGAGGGGGCCCGCUUCAUAUUUGACGUGGGAACCCGUCUUGGCUUACAUUACGACACGUUGGCCACUGGCAUCAUCUACUUCCACCGGUUUUACAUGUUCCAUUCGUUCAAGCAGUUCCCCCGAUAUGUGACCGGAGCCUGCUGCCUGUUCCUGGCAGGCAAAGUAGAGGAAACGCCGAAGAAAUGCAAGGACAUCAUCAAGACGGCACGGAGCUUGCUGAACGACGUGCAGUUCGCCCAGUUUGGUGAUGACCCCAAGGAGGAGGUGAUGGUGCUGGAGAGGAUACUUCUGCAGACUAUAAAGUUUGACCUGCAAGUGGAACACCCCUACCAGUUUCUUCUGCGCUACGCUAAGCAGCUCAAAGGUGACAAAAGUAAAGUGCAGAAGCUGGUGCAGAUGGCCUGGACCUUCGUGAAUGACAGUCUGUGCACCAUGCUGUCUCUCCAGUGGGAGCCAGAGAUCAUUGCUGUGGCAGUCAUGUACCUGGCUGGCCGUCUCUGCAAGUUCGACAUCCAGGAGUGGACCUCCAAGCAGUCGUCCCGUCGGUGGUGGGAGCAGUUUGUCCAGGAUGUUCCCGUGGAGCUGCUCGAGGACAUCUGCCACCAGAUCCUGGACCUGUACUCCCAAGGAAAGCAGCCCAUCCCUCAGCAGCUGCAGGAGAAAGAGAAGCCCCUUCCAGCAGCUCAGCCUCCGCCGCAGAUUCAGCCCCCCAACAUCCAGAGCCAGGCGGCACCCCCGCCCCCCAAGAAGGCGUCACCGCAGACCAGCCCGCCACGGCAGACCAAGCGGCCCCAUGUUGCUUCUCCAAAGGAGGAUCCCAAAGCCCCAGCUCCGGAGCAAAUAGGUGCAAAAAUCCCUCGCCUGGAGACCCCCAUGCCCCCCCUUCCCACGUCACAACCCCCGCCAGAGCGCAAGCCGCCCGCUGCCCCUGCCCCGCCCGCUGAGCCAGAGCCGGCCCCAGCCAGCGAGCCCCAAGAGACCCCCAAGGCGCCAGCCCCUCCCCCUCCGCACACGGCUCCUGUCCACCAGCCGCCGCCGCUGCCUCAGCCGCACCGGCCUCCGCCGCCUCCGCCCUCCAGCUACAUCAUGGGCAUGUCCACCUCCAGCUCCUACAUGUCGGGAGAGGGCUUCCAGAGCCUGCAGUCUAUGAUGAAGACGGAGGGCCCCACGUACAGCACCAUGCCGCCCGCGUAUGGACCCCCGCUGCACGUGUACCCGCCCAAUCCGCACGUGUACCCACCCAACCCGCCCCCUCCUGGACCCCCACCCCCUCCUUCACCGGCCUACCCCCCACCGCCACCUAACCUUCCGCCCCCCUCUCCGGCUUACCCCCCACCCGGGUACAACCACAACUACCCUCCGCCACGCAUGCCACCCAGCCACGCCGUGCCCCCUCCUGGGAUGGGCAUUCCGCCAACCAGCUACCCCCCCCCGCCCGGGCCUCCUGGGGGCCAACCUCAGGUGCCCCUACCCCCCAUGCCUCCGGUCGGUGCUUUGAACCGGGGGGGCUGGAUGAGAUGAGGGGCCGUGGAUCCAAGACUGGGUCCGGUUUGCUUUCCCAAAGGUGGUAUUGUGCCUCUUUGGGAAAAUCCAUGUCCACAGCCCCUGUGGACAGAUCCUGAGGCUCUAGGCUGAGGAACAACCAGAAACCACACUUUGGUCUCACAUUUGGGUUUUACUUUUUUUUUUUUUUUUUUUUGGGGGGGGGGGGGGGUCAUUUGUCAUUCCAGCUGUUUCAGUAGCUUCUACCAUUUUUAAUUUUACUUUUUUUUCCCUCAUCAAAAUGCUGUUUUUUUUCCCCGCUUUGCACUCUACAGAGGUUUGGUCAUGUGAGAAUGGCAACCUGACACCGUUCUUAGUCUGAUACCUCUGAUUGCCUUGCAGCACCUCCCCGCCCCUCUCCAGGAGACUGUUCUCAAAAAACAGAGCUGUGUUACACAGUUUGACUCCUGGCAGGAAACCAUUGGGCAACCUGAAGUGUAGAAAUAUAUAUUUUCAUCUCCAGUUUUUGUUUAGAUCUUGAAUAGUGGUGAGAGGUUUACUAUUAUCUGCACUGCUUGAGACUGCUGUGUCAGGUGCACGAAUCAGUGUGGGAAAUAAUGCAGGCUGAAGCUUUUUUGUAAAUACUGAGAAUGUGAAUGGGAGCAGUAUUGCAGCCUUUUAUCAGUGUGUGGCCCAGCUGUUCCAGGAAGGGGCACUCAGUGGCUCUGUACAAUAAUCCAUCUCCAAAUGAAUAACUCGCAUUAAAAACCUUUCUCUUGCA